AGAAUCAAAGUCGUAGUUUGUCAAAUAUUUUCUACAAAUCCAGAUUAUAGGAGGAGGUUGGGUUCUUUGUUUCUGUACCUUGGUGAUAUUUAGGUUUCACAGGUGAUGAGUGUCACAUGUGGUGUGUGGUAAACAGUUCUUUGACAAUACCUCCUGGAUAUGCACAGCUUGAAGGUGAAACGUAAACUUUUACACUCCAUUAACAGUUAAAGCUGUGUACACAAGCCACUGUAUUUGCCUGUAUGUUACAUACUGAAAGUAUCCAAAUAUUCUGUUUUGUUUUGUUUUUUCCUGGCUAAGAUAAAACCUUAACAAACAUGUACGAAUAAAGAAAAAUAUGUUUUAGAAGAUUUUUGGGGGGAAUUCCUUGCCGAGAGUUAGAUGAUAAGAUUGUUUGUACUCUUAUAUUUGUAUGGUAAACAUGUAACUGGAGAUAGCAGCUAGCUUAGUUUAGCGUAAAGACUGGAAACAAAGGAAAACAGCUAGCCUUACUCUGUACAAAGGUUAUUGCUGAAGAUGCAAGCCUCAACUGUCUCACCUGGGACCAACACUACGGUACCUUCAAACACAACUGCCAUCACAAAGUCCAGAGAGCAAAUACUUAUCCAGAGCUCUGGGGCGAUGAUCGCUGUCAUUGUCAUUGGCAUCAUCAUCAUUCUCGCUGUUCUGCUGAUCAUCCUGAAGACAUACAACAGACGGACCCAUGUAUCCAGAGUCCUGGGAGCCAGUGGUGGCUCCAAAGCUCGCCAGAAGACGUCACAAUCUACAGGUCAGACCAACAUGCCACUGAGCGCCAUGGGAGUUGCCUCUGUGUCUGGCAGCAUCGCCAAUUCAGACCCAGCCUCGGAGAACAGCUUCCAGCUGCCCAGGGUGGAGCUGAACAGCAUGGAGGAAAACCGCAUGGAGCGAUUCAGCACCACCAGUGGAUCCACUGCUGUCACCAUACAUGAUAUUCCAUCAAUGGAAAACACAUAGCAGCGAGACUGUGGUGUGAUUUCACAACAGGCAUUGACUGAUGUGUUGUCUCCAUCCGUGACCGCAUACUGUAUGCUGACUGAAUGCUAUGGCAACUCGAGCUGUGAUAGUAUGGUCCCUGUCAUAAUCUCCACCAAUGGAGACACUGCUGGCGGCCACGUGGAUAACACAAUGUCCUUUUGGUAUGCAACAAUACACAUCAUGAACAAACUGCUGCCUUAAACAGACACAAUGGAUUGCGUGAAGGAUGUUGUGUGACGGAAAAUUAGGACUUUCGUGUGAAGAAAUGCUUUUUUGGCUACAGUCAGUGUUCAGAAUGUAGAUGUCAUAAGUCUCUGACCGGCUUGACACUGUUGCUUAAGUGUGUACAUUUCUGUAUUAAAGAGAACCACAUGGUUCAUAAAUAAAGGUAGAAUUAAUAUAAACUUUAGAGUAGAGAAAGACAGUAUGAAAGAAGAUAUGUUUGAAGAAAAUGUGGUGAUGUUGCAGCUUCAACAACAUUCCUUACUAAUUCUGGUUGACCUUGUAUUAUAUUGUCUUUGUCUUCUGAUCUCAGACUCUUUCUGAUUAGUUUUUGUUAAAAAAAUGUAUAAAAUGUCAGGUAUUUUUUAUUUUAUUUUUUUUUUUUUGAACUCAUAAAAUGAAGAGACCACAGAGAUAUCAGAGAUACAGAGACAUCUGGGUGUCAGCCUAACACACUGAUGUGAAUCUUUUUUUAGUUUGAUGCCAAAGGAUUGUGCACUUUAUUUUCGUUGCUCCCUGUGUUUGUAUUGUUUGUAACUUGAUAAAUGAAAAGACAUAAAAAUAAAAUUCGAUAUUUCUAACUGUG